GCGGGGCGGGGCGACGGCGCGCCCACGCGGUGCGGCCCGGAGCCCUCGGUGGCGGUGCGCUCCGCCCUCUCCCUCCCCUUCUCCCCCCCACGACCCUCUUCCCUUGGCCGAGCAUGGGCGCGCGCGCGUCCCAGGAGCCCCGGGCCCCGGCCGGCCUGCGGCUGCUGCUGCUGUUUCUGCUAGGGGCGCUGCUGCUGGUGGCGCUGGUGGCCCCCGGCGCGCAGGGGGCUCGGGGCCGCGGGACUGCGGACAAGAACAGCCACCGGCGCGCGGCCAGCAGCUUCUCGCAGAGCGUGAGCAGCCUGUUCGGGGAGGACAACGUGCGCGCGGCUCAGAAGUUACUCUCCAGGCUGACCGAGCGGUUCGUGCAGGGAGUGGACAUGUUCGUGGAGACAUUAUGGAAAGUUUGGAUGGAGCUCUUGGAAGUCCUUGGACUUGACGUGUCCAACCUGUCACAGUACUUCAGCCCGGCCUCCGUGUCCAACAGCCCCACCCGGGCCCUGGUGCUGGUUGGCGUGGUCCUCCUGGCCUACUGGUUCUUGUCUCUGACCUUGGGCUUCACCUUCAGCCUCCUGCACCUGGUGUUCGGCCGCUUCUUCUGGCUGGUCCGCGUCGUCCUGUUCUCCAUGUCCUGCGUGUACAUCCUGCAUAAGUACGAGGGCGAGCCCGAGCACGCCGUGCUGCCGCUCUGCCUCGUGGUGGCCAUCUACUUCAUGACGGGGCCCAUGGGCUACUGGCGGGGCACUCCCGGCGGCGGCCUCGGCAGCCCCAGCGUGGAGGAGAAGCUGGAACACCUGGAGAACCAGGUGAGGUUGCUCAACAUCCGCCUCAACCGGGUGCUGGAGAACCUGGACCGCUCCAAGGACAAGUGAAGGGCCGUUUCCCUGGCCGUCCAAGGGUACCUGACCAGCUGUUGUGAUGACGUCAGAAGACAGCGGAGGAAGGAAGAAAACAACCAGCGGCAACCCCGCCAACCCCCCCGACCCUCCCAAUAAACGGAACAAGAACGCCACACCUGGUGUUUCCCACUGUGUGCCGACCUUACGACCCACUGGAGGAGAAAGAACUCACGUAGGACUUAAUCAGAGUGUGUUGCUAGUGGGAACAACAUAUUUUCUAAACGAUGGAUAUAGUCCUCUUAGCUGUGUAGUCAGAGAAAUUUAUCUGCAUAGAACAUAAAGUUGAUUUUUCUUUUUUUUCAAACAUUCGAAUCUUUUGUAAGGUUUUUAAAUAAAGGAAGAUCAAGUCAAGUCUAUCA